AGUCAUGGUCACAAAGUCCCAAGUGUAGUCACUUAGUCGGGAUACACCCGCGAGCAUUUUAGUGUUGUGAUGUUAGUGUAGUUUGUGCCAGUUUUAAUUUUCAGGAGUGGAGUGUAUUAUUUAACUAAAGAUGUUCGGGACAAACUUCGAAGAUUACUGCGACUUCAACGACAGCAUCUGCAGCACCGAUUCAGGAUUUGACAGGUCCUACGCCGAAUCCUUGGCCACACCAACAUCAGUCCACAGUACCCCCCUCAAACACGACUCUUCAGACUUAGGCAUAUCCCUAACGCCAAAGAAAGAGAAUGUGAGAAGAAAACUCUUCGGUGACAACUAUGAAUUUCCCUUCCAAGAACCAGUAGAUAUCAAGGCGUUUGAACAAAACAUAUCACCUUUAAACAACACUUCGACACCCAUAAAAUCAAAGGACAAGAAACCAAAAGACCCAAAUAAACCGAAAAGAAAAUAUGCAAAUGGAAAGAACAGAGUCACGCGGUGUAAGAGCCCAACGCAAAUCAUGAAAAUUAAGAGGAACAGAAGAAUCAAAGCGAAUGAUAGAGAAAGAAACAGAAUGCACAUGCUGAACGAAGCACUAGAUAGACUACGAUGUGUUCUACCAACAUUCCCAGAAGAUACGAAAUUAACAAAAAUUGAAACUCUACGGUUCGCGCACAACUAUAUUUUUGCUUUAAGUCAAACAUUGGAAUCUCUAGAUAAUAUCAAUUCGGGAAAGGUCCCACCUGAAGAAUUUGCAUCAAAUUAUGAUAAACUCCAAAACUAUUCUGUAGCUGGAGAUAAAGUGACCAAAGAUGCCUUUAGAGAUAUGUUCUUGGUUCCUAAUAAAAACGAAGAGUACACAAGCGACGGUAGUUAUAGAAGUUUCCAAGGAUUUAGUAAACCGUUCCCUAAUGGUUCUAAUUUUAUGCAAACUGCUGAAGGUGUUCUAAUCAAUGUUGGAAAUGUCACAGUUUCAGUAAAUAACAAAGGAGGAAAUUGUAUAACUUCCACAACAGGAAGUGGAUUUUUCACACAUCCCUCUAGUUUUGGAGAAGAUAUAAAUCAAACUAAUUACUAUAAUCAAAGGCAUGUUGCCACUUGCAAUAAUUAUAAUGACGCCUAUGACACAGCACUGCAAAAUAAUACUGAAGGAUAUUUCAACCAGGCAAAUUACGAGAUCUUUAAAAAUGCUUUUGAAACUGCCGCUAAAAGCAGAAGACUUCCCAAAAUGGACGAUUACAAUUCAAAUUGUAAUAACUACAACAACGGAACGGGUUACGGUCAAAAUGAAAAAUACUAUUACAGUGGAGAUGCGGCUUAUGCUCAAUCUAGUGUUUAUUAUAACCAAAGAUAUAGAGACUUUUAUAAUAGGUCUAGUAUCAUAAAUGCUCAAAUAUGAGUUUAAACAAAAUAAGUCAAUUACAACAUUUUUCGCUAGUCAGUCUAUGUACAAAUUAUAUUUUAAGA